AUGGUGCUGAAGAAGGUACAAGGCCUGCUUAGCAGGCGCCCUGGCACCAGCGCAUCUGAUGACAAUACCCCCACGUACGAUCAGGAUUCGCCAGAGGGAAUCGCUGCGAGGGGCGUGCGGCUGUUUUGCGAGUCUGGCGGCCCAAAUAACUCUAACGAAGAGAUCCAGUACCUCCCGGAAAUCGUAACCGCCGCCGAGUCCUCACCCGUGGCCGCCGAGGCUUGCGCCUACCAGAUCCGCAAGUUCUUGUCCAAGGACAACUACUCAAAGCCUCAUGUGCAGUAUAACUCGAUCAUGCUGAUCCGCAUCCUUACCGAUAACCCCGGUCCCACCUUCACCCGCAAUAUCGACUCCAAAUUCGUCAGCACCGUCAAAGACCUCCUCCGCAAUGGACGGGAUCCCAGCGUCCAGCAGAUCCUGCGGGAGACGCUGUUUUCGCUGGAGAGGGACAAGGCCUAUGACACCAAUUUGAAUCCGCUGUUUCACAUGUGGCGCAAGGAGUACGUUCAUGGCAAUGGCGGCGGCAACGGUCCUCGCACGCUCAAUGCCCCGCCGUUUGACCCCAGCCAAACGCGGCCAUCAGGAAACGGCGACGGCCAGAGCAGCCGGCGCUCGCGUGGUCUCCCCUCGCCUUCAGAGCUGGCAGCACGGAUCGAAGAGGCGCGGACAAGCGCGAAGCUUCUACUGCAGCUAAUCCAGAGCACCCCCCCGGAGGAGCUUGGAAGCAACGACCUGGUCAAGGAAUUCGGCGAGCGAUGCCAGCAGGCGCAGCGCAGCAUUCAAAACUACAUCAACACGGCUACCGAGGACUCGACGCAGGCUGAUGACGAGACGAUGCUCACGCUGAUUGAGACGAACGAGCAGCUGUCGCUCGCGCUGACCAAGCAUCAGCGCGCUUAUCUGGCUGCUCGACGCACCAACUCCUCCAGCAACUUGCACAACAACGGUGUGACCUCUUCUUCCACUCCGACGCCAACUCCGCCACCUCCUGCUGCUGCUGUCGUCCCUCCUCCCGCCGCAACGCCUCCUCUCUCCCCCGAACAGACCUACGCGCCCCCGCCUAACCCACCUCCGCACCUGCAGCAGUCGCUCGCCGCCCGCGAGAGCCGCGACUCUCCCGAAGCAGAUGAUCCUUUCUCGGACUCUCAUGCUGCUAAUCAGCCGCACCCGCUGGAGCCCCAGCACUACGGUACUUCUGGAAUCAGGCCAGGCAACGAUUUCCAGAGCACGCCGAGCUAUCUGCACAGGCAGGAGAGUGCGGAUGUGAACAGGACGAUGCAUGGGGCGGCGACGGGUCCAGAGCCGGAGGUGCCAGAUGUGAGCCCGGUGGAGGAGAGAAGAGUAGUGUACAGGUACUAG